UGAGAAUCGGUCUUGUAUAUUGGUUUUUCUGGUUUGUCGGGAUUUUCUAGUGGUUGGUUUUGCAUGAGGCUUUUUCGCAUGAAAUUUGAAAAGAGACGUGCAAACUCAUCCGCUUCGGAUGAGUUCGGGUCGCCGGUGAUCACCUUUUCAGUUUCUGACAUUUCUGCCUUUUACAGGUUCUUGGCCAAGAGGUUGGGAGAGGUUUAAGAGCGAUGGUGAGAUUGAUUCUGAGCUCCAAGAAUCGUUGCUGGCUCUGAUGCCAUGUUAAAUGGCUAAGAAGAAGAAGGAUUUUGGUAAAAGGCUUGAUUAUUUUCUUCAAUAAUAUGACACCCUUAUAUAGAGCAUUACAAAGCUUGUGCUACAAGUAUUCUUGGGCACCAAGCUAAUGUAUUUCUUAGCCUCCAAGCUAAUGUAUUUCUUAGCCUCCAAGUUAAUACAAAGCUUAUCCUACAAGCUUAUACCUUUCUUUUUCUAACACCUGGUACCAACAUCAUGACACACGUUUCUCAGCUGAUUGGUAGAACACCAUUGGUAUAUCUAAACAAAGUUACAGAGGGAUGUGGAGCAUAUGUUGCCGUAAAGCAAGAAAUGAUGCAGCCUACUGCUAGCAUCAAAGACAGACCAGCAAUAGCCAUGAUGAAGGAUGCUGAGGAAAAGGGCCUAAUCACCCCAGGAAAGACGACGCUGAUUGAGCCCACUUCGGGAAACAUGGGGAUCAGCCUGGCCUUCAUGGCUGCAAUGAAAGGCUACAAAAUGGUGCUCACAAUGCCGUCUUACACAAGCUUAGAGAGGAGAGUGACUAUGAGAGCAUUUGGAGCAGAUUUGGUCCUCACUGAUCCCACCAAGGGAAUGGGAGGCACUGUCAAGAAAGCCUACCAGCUUCUUGAUUCCACCCCGGACGCCUUCAUGCUUCAGCAGUUUUCCAACCCGGCCAACACAAAGGUGCAUUUUGAGACUACUGGCCCCGAGAUAUGGGAGGACUCCAAUGGCAAGGUCGACAUCUUUGUGAUGGGGAUAGGGAGUGGAGGCACCGUCUCUGGCGUUGGCCAGUACUUGAAGUCCAUGAAUCCCGGUGUCAAGGGCCUCAUCACAUCACGGGGAAUGGAGUCGGAUUCAAACCAGACAUCUUGGAUAUGGACGUUAUGGAGGAAGUCCUUAUGGUUUCUAGUGAAGAUGCUGUCAAAAUGGCCAGAGAAUUGUCACUCAAGGAAGGGCUAUAUGUUGGGAUAUCAUCCGGUGCUAACACGGUGGCUGCCCUCCGUCUAGCUAGGAGACCUGAAAACAAGGGAAAACUCAUUGUGACUGUGCAUCCGAGCUUCGGAGAGCGAUACCUGUCGUCGGUGUUGUUCGAGGAGCUGAGGAAAGAUGCUGAGAACAUGCAGCCAGUUUCAGUUGAUUAAGGAUCAAGUGUGCUUGGCAGAUUCACC